AUGUUUUACCUUAUUUAUCUGCACCGCCAACCUAAUUUGCAACCUUGCAAAUUAUUCGUUCCCUCCGAAAUUUUCCUCCAAAUUCGUUUCUGUCCCAUUCGCGACGCCAUUUUUCUGUCCUUGACCGGCCACCGCCCAAAUAUCCGGGCCAUGUGUCUUUCACUUGUUUGGAACGCGCGGCGCUCGCUGUCGGCUCUGGGCUUUGUAAUUGGAACUAAUUAUUUCCUACCACGUUUAAACAACGCUGUACUCUUUUACGCGACUGGCCGCCGUAUCCUCCGCGAUAGGCCACUUGGACGCGUAUACGUUUCCUGGCUCGAUCGCGAAAGGGUAACGCCCGACAGUCGUGCUCCAAUUCGCUCUGUCGAUAAUAAGGUGUGCAUUUACGUGCUACAGCGAUACCGCGAGUGCCAUAACCUUGAUCACGCGUUUACCGGAUUUCCUGUAGUACGCGAGGGCGAGGUGGCGUUUAAGGCAUUUAAGCUUGCAAACACGCUCCUGCCUAUGGCCGGAUUUGCAUCCCUUUCCGCAUUUAUAUUAAAGCUUGGAAAAAGGCAAAGGUUUUUGUAUAUUAAUUUGCCUUGGGUUUUAAAAAACGGAUUUCGUGCAAAGGAGAUUAUCAAUAUGUACUGGGAGGAGGAGAUGGAGCGUAAUAUGGGGAUUUGCGUUAUAAAUUGGGUAUUAAAACGCCACCGGAUUUAA